AUGUCGUCCACCCCCGAGCCUUGGAGAGACAUGUCGAUGUUCCACUCAACGGCCCCGCCACUCAUUCCACCGCCUGACGACGUGACUGUUCCACAGUUCCUGCUUGACAAUAAUAGGAGGCACCCCACACGGCCAGACAGGCCGCCAGAGGUCCCGUACUUGGUCGACGGGGAGACUGGCAGGGAGGUUCACCAUGAUGAGAUAGUGACGCAGACAGAUCACUUUGCACGCGCACUGAGACAUGUUUGGGGAAUUGGACAAAACAUUUUCCCAGGAAAGGGAGAUGUCGACUACCCCAUAGCUGUCUGGGCAGCCCACAGGCUUGGCGCCAUAAUAGCAAUGAUGAGCCCUACACUUACUACGCCAGAACUAGUCUACCAGCUCCAAACCGCGCGGCCGUCGCUGCUCAUUGCGCACGCCGGGAAUCUCGCUAAUGCGCUCGACGCCACAUCAGCCACCGGCCUCGCGCACACGCACGUCCUCGUGCUCGACGCGCACAAGCUCACGGAACCUUUCCCGCUAUCGUAUACAUCCGUGGAUGCUGCAAUCGGGCAUGGCGCCGCGUGCCCCCAUGUCCCCGAGUUGCAAUUCGCCUCGGGCGAAGCGAAGCGUACGAUUGCGGUGUUGUGCUUCUCUUCGGGCACGACGGGGAAGCCGAAGGCGGUCGCGGUAUCGCACUACAACGUAAUAUGUAACCUCGUGCAGAUAGCCACAUCGAGUGGCCUGGCAGACUCCCGAACACCGCUGCUUGAGCGGCGAUGGCGGCCAGGGGAUCGAGGACUAGCCGGUACGAACCGAGGCACAUCGAACAAUAUCGGAUCACGCAUCUAUUCGGCCCCGCUGACUGCAGAGCUGACGGCCCAGAUGCUCGGGAUUCUGCCAGACAUACAUCUCGGCCAGGCAUAUGGUUUGACGGAGACAUGUGCCGGGGUCACUAUGCAACUACCACAGUUCCCUAUUGACAAGAAGGUCGGAACGCUGGGAAGUGCCGGGCGGCUGCUUUCUGGCACCACUGCAAGGGUGGUGAAGUCUGACGGCAGACUGGCUGGUGUGGGAGAGCCGGGAGAACUGUGGGUGAAGGGCGAACAAGUAGCAAUGGGCUAUUACCGCGAUGAGAGAGCGACAAGAGAGAGCUUCAUUGACGGGUACGCUGUGGAUUCAUUCCUGAGGAUCACUACGUCUAAUCGUGUGGCCCUCAAUCACAGAUGGUUCCGCACCGGAGAUGAGGUAGUCAUCCAUGCCAACGGCGAUAUAUUCAUUACGGAUCGCAUCAAGGAGCUCAUCAAGGUGAAGGGACACCAGGUCGCGCCGGCGGAGCUCGAAGGGCACCUCCUUGGGCAUCCCCAUGUCGCCGAUGCCGGGGUGGUCGGGCUUCCGGACGAGUUCGCGGGGGAGUUGCCGCUCGCUUUUGUCGCGCUGCAGCCAGACAUUGCAGCCGCUGUGCGGCGGGAUCCGUCUGCCGCGGCGAAUAUACGCACUAGCAUCGCCCAACACGUAUCGGAGGCGAAGGCGCCGUACAAGUGGCUCGCGGGAGGGAUAGAGUUUGUGGAAGCGAUUCCGAAGAAUGCGAGCGGGAAGAUCCUGCGACGCGUUCUCAGAGAACGCGCGCGAACGCUCCCACGAUCUCUUCCAGCUCGGCUCUAG